AGCGUCGCCAGUCAGUCUUAUAUGACUGGCACCAUUUGGUCUAGGGCCGGCCCUGCCUGCUAAAUAACACAGGCCGUAGAGUCUCACCCAGUGCUUCCUGCACCGGGCCCAGUAACUUCCGGUUAAGCUAGAGCCUAUCUUUCAGAGAAUUGCUCGUGUGGACUUACUCAAGAUUUAAGCAGCAGAAUCUGGGCCAUCUGUGUAAAGUUCAUCCGAGUACAUAGUUACAAUGUGAGCUGUUUAACCUGUCAAACCGCUUUUCCUCUAUUUAAAACAACAGCCAAAAAAAAAAAAAAAAAAGAGGCCUUGGAGAAGUAAGCUAAUAGCUAUGUGCUAGGACCUCUCCUAAAAAUGUAGGCCCCGCCUUUGAUUCGUUACAUAAAGAGGAGACAGCAGUAGUCACACGAUCCAGUUCCAUCAAGUGCUAAUGACAGAGGCGGUGGCAAAACAAUUAAAACCUUCAGCAGCGUAGGAGCCUCACAGAAGUAAUCUCCUGACCCGACAAGUUCGACGGAGCCCUGUCGUGGUGCGUGAGCCUCUUUCCAACUCUCCACACCUCAGACGCUUCCCUUUCCAUUGUCAGGCCAGGAGACUGAAGAGGAUGGUACCUGCCCGUGGCUCUGGAAAAUAAAGGCUCAGGAGCCGUGUGGAAAUCGGUGUCUUACAAGGCUGUUGAAUGCAAAGGUGCUCUGCUACCUGGAGGUAUGCCGGAGAAUGGGGAAGAGCUGAGCUGACCUGGGGGAAAGGACAAGAUGAACCGCACCCAGGUGAAACUGGUCCGGUACAUCAACAGACAGCGGCAGUGUAAGCUGAGUGUGCCCCUGAAUGACAGGACAGUGGAGCUCAACAGCUACCCAAGAUUCAACGACUGGUUAGACCUCGUCAAUGUAAAGAAAGAAGUUGUACAGAGAAUCCCGGAGGAGCUAACCCUAGAUGCCUUACUGGAUAUGAAUGAGUCCAAGGUGAAAGAAACCAUGAAGAGAUGUGGGGCCAGUGAUGAGGAGUGUUCCAGACUCAAUGGGGCUCUCACCUGCUUAAGGAAGGUGACCGAAUCAGGUGGGGAGUUAAAAGAAGAUCUGUUGUGGAAUCCUUCUGAUGCGCGUCGAGAGAGCACCUCUGCACACCCUGCAGAACCCUCCUGUCCUCCAGGCCCCACGUGGACUCAUGGCAUGCUGCAUCUUUCGAAGGGCAACAGCCAGCAGGCACGCUCUGUGUCUGUGUCCGCUAUACCUUCUUCGGAUUCUCUUGCCUCGAGCCAAGGACCUUCGAGCUACAUGGAUAGCUUCCUGGAACCUUUAGCCUUCCCCACCCACAGUGGUCGAGUAGUAUUUAGGACUCCUCACAGCAUCACCAUCACACCGCCAACGACACCUCAGUUCAAGAGGCGUCACAAAUUGAAACCUCCACGGACUCCCCCUCCGCCUUGCCGGAAGGUUUUUCAGCUGCUACCAAACUUUCCAACCCUCACAAGAAGCAAGUCCCAUGAAUCACAGCUGGGCAACAGGAUAGAUGAAGUUCCUCCUGUAAAGUUUGAUCUUCCCCAGGGAUCCCCUCAGAUGGUACGAAGAGACAUUGGCAUAUCCGUAACCCACAGAUUCUCUACAAAAUCUUGGUUAUCUCAGAUGUGCCACGUGUGUCAGAAAAGCAUGAUGUUCGGCGUGAAGUGUAAGCACUGCAGAUUAAAGUGUCAUAACAAAUGUACUAAAGAGGCCCCUGCUUGCAGAAUAUCUUUCCUUCCUAUAGCAAAAAUAAGAAGGACGGAGUCUGUCCCUUCUGAUAUUAAUAACCCUGUGGAUAGACCUGCAGAGCCGCAGUUUGGAACCCUUCCAAAAGCACUAACGAAAAAGGAUCAUCCCCCGGCAGUAAACCAUCUAGACUCCAGCAGUAAUCCCUCUUCUACCACCUCCUCCACGCCGUCUUCUCCAGCACCUUUCCAGUCUUCCAAUCCUCCCAGCGCAACACCUCCCCCAAAUCCCUCCCCCAUGGGCCAGCGGUUUCACUUUCCAGCUGCCUACUACAUUCAGCAUAGACAACAGUUUAUCUUCCCAGAAAUCCCCAGCUCCCCACAAGUAAUACAGCCGCCUGAAAUAGCUGAAGACACUAAUGCUGAUGAACAGCUGGACGCAGAGGGGGUUGAAGAACCUGAUGCAGAGGCAGAAGAGCAAGAGACGAAUAAAUCGGAACCGGAGGACGAUGAGGAUGAGUUAGACGAUUUGCCCAGCAAGCGGCCGCACUGGAAAGGGAUGAUUUCCCGCAAGGCCAGCCAGACCAGCGUCUACUUGCAGGAGUGGGACAUUCCCUUUGAACAGAUUGAGCUGGGGGAGCCCAUCGGCCAAGGGCGAUGGGGGAAGGUUUACCGGGGAAAAUGGCACGGAGAGGUGGCCAUCAGGCUGUUGGAGAUCGAUGGGAACAAUCAGGACCAUCUCAAGCUCUUUAAGAAGGAGGUGAUGAAUUACAGGCAGACCCGACACGAGAACGUGGUGCUCUUCAUGGGGGCGUGCAUGCACCCCCCUCAUUUAGCCAUUAUUACCAGCUUUUGCAAAGGAAGGACGCUUCACUCAUUUGUAAGGGAUCCCAAGGUAUCUUUGGAUAUUAACAAAACCAGGCAGAUAGCUCAAGAAAUCCUUAAGGGCAUGGGGUAUCUUCAUGCAAAGGGGAUUGUGCAUAAAGAUUUGAAGUCCAAGAAUGUCUUCUAUGACAAUGGCAAAGUGGUGAUCACAGACUUUGGACUAUUCGGAAUUUCGGGUGUGGUGCAGGAGGGAAGGCGUGAAAAUGAACUGAAACUGCCUCAUGACUGGCUGUGCUAUCUAGCCCCUGAAAUUGUUCGUGAGAUGUCUCCUGGGAAAGACGAAGACAAGCUGCCCUUCUCCAAGGCGGCAGACGUCUAUGCUUUCGGGACGGUUUGGUAUGAGCUCCAAGCAAGAGAAUGGCCUUUCAAGAGCCAGCCAGCUGAAGCACUCAUCUGGCAGAUCGGAAGCGGAGAAGGAGUGAAGAAUGUCCUCGCUACAGUUAGCGUAGGGAAAGAAGUCAGUGAAAUCCUCUCCGCAUGUUGGUCUUUCGACCUCAGCGAGAGACCCAGCUUUACUGUCCUCGUGGAUAUGCUUGAAAAACUGCCAAAACUGAACAGACGGCUGUCGCAUCCUGGACACUUCUGGAAAUCUGCAGACAUUAACAGUAGCAAAGUUGUCCUCCGUUUUGAAAGAUUUGGCUUGGGAAUCCUGGAAUCAAGUAAUCAAAAGAUAUAACAUGGUGUGUAAUUAUCUUGUUGAUACUAUUGUCUACCUGCUUACACACAUCGGAAACCUUCGCAGCAUCUUCCGAACUAUGAAACUGGUGCAGCCCUACCUGCAAGCCACACGACCCCUCCGUUCAAACUGGCGUAUGUUGUUUCUGAAGUCCUGAGUUCUGCCUAAGCACCAGCAAUUAUUUAAAAAAUGUUUACAUCAGAUGUUUCUCUAUGUGAACUAUAUUUUUUUAACAUGAUGAUGAUAAUAAAGGUGAUUUUAAGAUUUUUCUUUAAGUGCAAGCAUUCAAACGGCACUGAAAAGAACUGCUCCCCCAGUUCUUCAUUGCAUCUGUGGAGUAACUAAGGGCUAAUUUCUGCACUGCAAAUCAUGCACAGUUUCCACUGAAGCUGAUAGAGGUUGCACGUGUGUCAGAACAGCUAGCUUUAAACCACUAAUGCAGCCAAUUCAAGUGAGAAGGAAUGGUGUUAUGGCCCCAUUGUGUCUCCAUAAGGAAACUUCUAAAAGAACUUUAGAUUUUUAUUAUAUUGAAAGGAAAUGCAUGGAUUGUGUUAUGGUUUGGGCAAACUAAUAAACUCUGGAUUACUGAUCUUCUCUGGAAAUUUUGUCCAAGCUUGGGCUGGUUCUGAUCUCAGUUACAUUGCUGCAAAUCUGGAAUACCUCCACAGUGGAGUUAACUCAGAGUCCAGAUUUACACUGAGAUCAGAAUCCUGCCCUUUUGUCUUGACUAUUGAUUAGAGUGGAACCCUUUUCUAGCAUAGUUCAUUUAUUCAUAAAAUAGCAGAGGGUGGGAUUUUCAAAAAACCCCAAAACCAUGAGGGGAGUGGGAGCAUCAUAAUCUCACUGGCUUUCAGUGAAAACUGGGCACCUUAAUCCUUUAAGGGUUUUUUGAUCUCAACUUUAACUUUUACAGAUUCACAGUAAUCAGAGUUGCCAUCUGCUUAUUGCAGCACUGUACUUAGUUGGGACUUAAAUUCUUCUCCAUUGUAAAUGGAGUUUCACUGUAAGCAGGUUCCACAGUAAUUGAAUAAUGGGUACUAGGAUCCAGUCCAUGCCAGCUGCAUUCGAGACCAUAUAAUCCACGUUCAGGGCCUGCUUCUGCUCUCACUUACAAUGGUGUCAAUCAGGAGUGAUUCCACGGGUGUCCGUGGAGUUACACAGCUGUAAAAUGAGUGUAAAGGAAAUGAGAGCUGGAUUCGUACUAUUUACUAUAACUGUGCUGGUGAUGGUAAUACAUGUGGCUGUGUAUCACUUCAGAGUGGAUUCAGUUUAAAAAAAAAUUACCUACUGCCUAGAGUGAGACCCCAGAAAGAUCCAAUAAUUAUUCCCCUUCUUCUUUCCUCCCCCCCCCCCCCAUCUUCAGUGUGUCUACAGUACAGGAACUGGACUAUGGUUUUAAUCGGCUUUGGCCCUUUAUUAGCACUACUAACAUUUUAACAAUGCAAAACAACAUGGCUUUUAGUGGAAAAGAGAAACUGCCUUCAAACAACCUUACUAGACUAGGGAGGCGCUGGUAAAUAAGCGGUAACUAUAGAUGGCCUGACUUUGAAAGUUGUUCAGCCCCUGCGGAGCCUGUUGACUUCACUGGGAGCUGCCUUUGAAAAUCAGGCCCAGGAUGUCUGGUACCUCAGGGUGAACAGAACGCUUCAUUUCCUGGUGUGCUCUUCCUGCAGAGUUCAGUUGUACUGCUUUGCCCUAGGCUGACAAUUCAGGCUAGACUUCUGAACAGCCUGUUUAGUUCAUCCUAGUUAUUAAGUCCUCUGCAUAUGAAUGAAAGAGUGACAUGAACACAAACAGGAGAGCUGAGUUUUGGAUGUUUCCUUAUACUACUCUCUAGAUCAAACCAGUACUUGAGUUCCCCCUCCCACCCAAUACAGAAGGCAGGUAUAUAUAUUACAGAACAUGAAAAGAGUUGCCUUUCCAAGUGGAGGGGUCAGUGCUAAUGAGGCUAAUUCAAUCAAGGUGGAAGAGGCCUAUUCCCAACAGUUCACAAGAAGGGGUGAAUAUACAUACCUGCCUACUGUAUUUUUCACUCCAUGCAUCUGAUAAAGUGGGUUUUAGCUCACGAAAGCUUAUGCCCAAAUAAACUUGCUAGUUUCUAAGGUGCCACAAAGAUUCCUCAUUGUUUUUGCUGAUACAGACUUACACAGCUACUCCUCUGAAACCUGUCCCCAAACUAGAAUGAUUUCUGAUGACACAGCAUGGAGUUCCCGGAAAUGCGCCCCCCACCCCCUAACAACAUGGUAUCACUUUUAGUUCUUUCCAGUGGCAGUUGCAAAAAGUAACCACUCUUUAAAAGCUUCAUUUCCCUUUUCAAAGUGAAAGCUUGAUGUGCAAAAGUUUCAGGGAGAUUUUUAGCUGCUUUUUAUUUGUCACCAGUGACAGUGCUGGGUGCAGGACUUGAUUCUCAUGCUUUUAUUCUGAAAAAAAAUCAGGCUUGAAGCAUUUGUGUUUUGUGUUUUUAAAAAAAAAAAAAAAAACACCUAAGACUGACAGGGGUCUUACAAUGAGGAAGAAAGUCCGGUCUUGAGCCAUCUGAUGUGAGCCAUGUCUCAUGUUUUGUCUUGUGUUUUAAAGGUUGGAUUUUGUUUGAGGCAAAACCCACAAACUCAGCACUUUUUGCAUAGAAACAAAGGCGCCACGUUCUGAUUAGUGGAAUCGUCCCACCCAAAUGGACGUGCAUAUGAGCUGCAAAGGCCGUGUUAAUGUGCAGCUUGUAUGCUGGCUUUAGGCAGCCCUGCAUGUACAAUACCCUGGGCUGCCCCCACAUGCAAGGGGCUGUGCACAGGUGCCACUGCCAAAUUGGGGGUCCCAUGCAUAGAAAUGUGUGAGCCAUGCCCCCUGGACUGCCGCUCCAUGACUCCUAAGAAGACUUUGUUUUUAUAUGGUGCAGAUCUCAAAUCACAAAGAUGGGUAAGAUCUGUUCUCAUAGGUGGGGAAACAGAGGGCUUGUGGAGCAGCCGCUCUGAGGCUGCAUCCUCACUAGGAGAAAAUAUCAGAACGCACCCCGAGUUAAUUAACUACAGGUAAAAUCCUAGUGAAUACCAGGCAGUUGUUUUUUCCACAAGCUAUCAGGUCAAGUUACAGACUGUUUAACUUCACCCGCUAACUUGUACAAAAACUGCAAAUUGUGUUGUCUUCUCUAGGAUUUUUAUCUCUAGCUAAGAAUGCACAUCUACCACCUUGCUUUGUGAAGACAAGGCCCAUGCAUCUUCCAGUCUCCCAGACUGGGAAAUAUGUCCCAGAUCCUCGCAGGUAUUUAGGUGCCUAAUUCCCAGUGGCUUCAAUGGGUGACAAGUGCCGAAAUACCUGGCACAAUCUGGGCCUGAGAUCCCAUUUCAGGUUUUCUGGGAGGCUUCUAUGUGCUGUCUUUGCCAGAAUUCAAUAUUCAGGCCAGAUGUCAGUCUGGACCCUUCAGGCUGUGGGGAGCCCCACCCCCCAAAGCCUUGAGUAGAGUGCAAGGGACCGCAAACAGCACAUUGGUUUGAAGGCUCUGAACCUUAAUUUUUAAUAACCCUUUUCGAUUGUACUCCGACCCCUUAAAAUCUGUCUAGCAUUAUUACUGCAGACCGCUUUUCUGAGUUAAUGUGGUAAGAUGCUUCAUUUGCCUUGGGCAUCAGAUACUAUGUUAGAUUUAAAUAUUUGGUUGCUAAAAAUGAGGGGGUGCCCAGUCUUUCAGAAAGGGGCAGUGGGAGCAGAGGAACUCUAGGAGGUAGAGAUGCACCAGUUGAAAGAAUGACAAGUGUAGGAAAGGAGGGUGGCACUGUGCAUUAUAGGUGUAUAAAUAAAAUAUCCAUGCUCCCAGGUAACACUAAGCAAGUGGGCAAAUGCUUUAGCUAAAAUAAAGGUCUUGUUUUGCUGGAGGGUGUAGCAGAUCUAUGCAGAUACAAUGGCUUUGUCCCAUCAGGCACCCUAUCCCAUUACAUCUAUAGCAGGUGUGAUCUCACAUGCACAUUCCAGCAGCAGCAAGCUGGGUAAUAGCUGCUGGUACUGGUACUGGUUCAUGACUUCUGCUAUAGAACUGCCUGGGGUGUUGGUACUUAAGGGAAAUACAAUCCCUUGGGGAAAAGAUACUAAUCCUAUUGAAGCUCUGGGGGUUUGCUAGUGACUUCAGGGGGGCUAGGAUUAGACACUUAAAUUAAACAAAUACUUUGUGGCAGUUCCAUUUCAGACCUUUCCCCCACCCCACCCCGUGCACAUUACGGCAUGCAGACAAAAUAGGGUCGUGGACGUGCUUUGAAAUGUUAGAGUUCAUGUUUUCAAAUUGGGGGUGGGGGUUGCAGCUAGUUUCUUUCUCUAGGACAUGCAAAAUGACAGCCAUGCUUCUAGAGGCCACAUAUGAAAAUCUGGCCCCUGAUUUUUUUUUUCACAGAGCAAACAAGAUGGCAUAAAUGAUUCCUAACUUCCAUGUUCCAGACGGUGUAAUAACAAGUAGAUGCUAAGUCAACACAUGCUCAGUCUCUUACAAAUAUUGUGUUCAAAUGUUUAUAAUGUGUGUGUGUGUCGAAUGUAAAACUGGUUUGUGUGAUAGUUACUGAUCCCACCAUAGCUUUAUUUAAUUAAAUGAAUAAAAACCCCUUGAGUGUAACUGUAUUUGUAGCAAGCUAUUUACACCAUAUGGUUUUGCCGAUUGAAAAAAUACUAAUAUUUGCUCUUAUCUCCAAAGCUGAAGACUGAAUUGUGCCAUCAGUAAUAAGCAGGAUUCAGUUUCAUUAGAAGAUUUAGCUUAAAUAUUGAUGGCACAAUAUGUGCCUAAAUGAAGGGGGAAAUUAGACUUCAGUGCAUCUCUAAAUUACAUGAAAUAAAAACAGAUGUUAAGACUUAUUAGACAAAACCUCCAUUAGCUUCAGAAAGUGUUUUUGGCUAAGUAAAGAUCUUGUGAUUUGAAA